AUGGAUCUCGUAACAACCAUCAGAACCACGACUAGUACCACGGAGACUAAGGUCGGGGUGAAAAAAGACGAGGCUGCACUGAAUGGCGAACCUUCAGCCGCUCUAGAGAGCCUGGCGGUCUUGGAGCAGGGCUACAAAGAGCCGAUUGCCACGCUCUUGAGAAAACCUAGGAAAGCUUCUGGAACCCUAAAGAUCAAUAAACAGAACGAGGGCAAGGAUACCCUCACCCAAGGCAAAGCGAUUAUCGAGGCCGGUGGUGAGAUUGGUGGUGCAGAGCAGACAACCAACUCCACCGAUCAAACCAACAGCGAAGGAAUCAUCGGAGACAACAUCCAGACUAAGAGCGAAGAUAACAACAAGACCGCCACAUCGGAGCUCGUUGCACUCUUGGAAAGCCAUGUGAAGUUCACUGUUGCCCUUCUCGAAGAUAUCUGUGGAGCCAAUCAUACCACGCCCCCAGCCCCAGGUACCCCAGACGGAGUGAAGGAAGAGCUGGCUAAGGGUUUGAAGGACUGGAGGGAUAUCAACGACCUUUAUGAGGAGUUGAAACAGGCGCCCAGCGGUGCCGAUCCGGAUUUCAUCGCAUAUGGGACAAGCCUGCCUGAGGGCAUGUCCAAGAUCUUCUCCAAGCUAGCGGCUGAUCUGAAAGCACAGCAGGACCUCGUAUCCGCCCGGGACUCGAGGAUGAUCGAAUUCGAGUGA